CAGCCGCCAGUUUAGUCGUUAUCAAGUCGGCAUUCGAAGUGGUUCGAUCGCACCCCCAGGACUGAGAAUUACAGAUACAGAUACUCCUACACUGGAUCCACUCCGUCCACUGAACUAGUCAGGAUCGAAAGUGAAUGAAGUAAAAGAGAAUGUUUACAUAUUGAGCUGCAUUAUCAGAGGGGCCAGAUAACCUCCACCCUGCUGCGUAGACUUGGACUCGGAUCAGAUCAGAUCAGAUCAGACUUCAUAAGGAAGUCAAAGAAAGCGGACCCCAGACGAUCUUCGUGUUUUCGGUGCUGAGGAAUAGAGCAAAGUCCCAAAAUCAAUCCAGCUCCGUUGCCAUGAUUGGAAAAAGGCGCAUUUUGCGAACGAGUGCGUUGGGUGUGCUUUUGGCCACCUGCAGUCUGUUCUCGGUGGUUUACAUGGAACAAAUCGAGCGGUGGGUGAUCGAGUGGUUCAUGGUUCUGGAGCCGGGAACACUAAUCAGCAGUCUGUGGCAAUCCCCCUCAAUGGAUAUCAACGUGGAUCUGUACAUGUUCAAUUGGACAAACUCCGAGGACAUCAACGAUCCCACAGUGAAGCCGAGGUUUCAGGAAGUUGGUCCUUAUCGCUUCACGGAGCGGAUGCAGAAGCUGAAUGUCCAGUGGCACAAUGAGAACUCAACGGUUUCUUAUAUGCGACGCAGUAGAUUUGAUUUCCAACCAGAACUCAGUGUGGGAAAUCCCUCGGAUACCAUUGUCCAACCGAAUUUGCUCCUCGUGGGAUUGUACCAAAAGAUGCUCUUCUGGGGUCCAGUGAUGCGAUCCAUUGUAAUGAUGGCUUUACACAUCGAUGGCAAGGAGCUCACAAUGGUUCGACCCGCAAGGAGUUGGAUGUUCGACGGAUUCGACACGCCCCUCAUCAAACUCAGCAAACUGGUGCCGACUAAUUUAGUUCCGGAGAUGCAAUUCCCCUACGAAAAGAUAGGCUACGCAUAUCCACGCAAUGGCAGCAUGGAGAUCUAUGGUCACCACAAUGUCUACACGGGAAAGGAUGACUUUAAAAAGAUAGGCCAGAUUGCCCGAUGGCGUUACAAUAACUUCACUGAAGCCAGUCCAAGAUGCAAAUUAAAAGGAAGUACCGGGGAGUUCCAUCCAAUACCGCUGGUUAAGGGCAGACCUAUUACCUAUUUUCUACCGGAUCUGUGCCGUGAGCUUCAGAUUGACUAUUCCGGCACCACAAUCUUCGAGGGAGUCGAGGCAUUUGUCUACAAAGGCAGUGCUCGGAACAUGGCAAAUGGAACAGACAACCCGGAGAACAGUUGCUAUUGCCAGGAGAACUGCCAGGAGGUGAGAUCCGGUCUGCUGAACAUAUCCUCCUGUUGGUACGGAGCCCCCGUCUUUGCUUCCCAUCCGCACUUCUACCAAGCGGAUCCCUACUACUUGGAACAGGUGGAGGGCCUGAAGCCUGACAAAGAUCGCCACGAGAUGGUCAUCAUGUUGGAACCCAGAACCGGAAUGGUGCUGGAGAUCAAGGCCCGCAUUAUGGCAAGCUUAUUAGUCGAGCCCAAAACCCAAUCAAUCUACCGUAAGGCACGAAAGACGUUCUUCCCGCUGAUCUGGGCGGAUUAUAAUGUGCGCAUCUCGGCCGACCUAUUGGCUUAUGUAAAGUUAAUACCAAUCCUAGAGUUCGUUGGCAAGAUCUGUGGAAUCUUAGGCGUAGCUCUGGGCUUGGUGAUGAUUUUCUGGUAUCCCCACCAGAUGAUUUGGCAGAAACGCCUGAUGCAGAAGAUCGAGAUUAAUCCAAUGGAUAGUACCAAAGAACCGAUGAAAAACAUUGUUUUGGAGGAUUCCCCGCUCCUGAUAGGAUUGCAGUACAAAGAGGCGGAGGAAAAUCCUCGUUAAACUGCUUCGUUUACUUAGUUUGUACCAUAAGUUAAGUUUGCAGGAUUUUUUCUUGCCUAGUCUAAAGUUUAUGCCAAUAAAUGGUAAAUGGUGUUCAAAUAGUCGAUGCCGGAAAAGUAUCGAAUUUAUAGAUUA